AGCCGUCGGUGCCGGUGGGGGAAGAUGGCGGCGGGGCGGUGAGGGGCCGGAUCGGCUCCGCACCGCGCCGGCCGAGGAGCCCCGUCCCGCCCCGGUGACGGAUCUCCCAUGGCCGCGGGGCCGGCCCAGGAGCCGCGUCCCCGCUGGGCCUCCUCGGGUCGCGCCGCUGCCGCGGCCCGCUGACCCCCGGGGCCUGGCGCGGGCCCCGCCGGGCCUGACUCGGUCGCCGCUCCGGAGGCCGGUUCCGCGGCCGCGACCCCUGAGGGGAGCGGGACGAGGUCAGCGCCCGCCCCGAGCGGGCCCCGGCACGGGGCCUCCCCCCGGCCUCUCGAAGGCAGCGCUCGGCGCUCUUCCCGCGUCCCCUCCGCAGCGGCCGCCCGGCCCCGGGUCCGCUCCGCGGAGGAGGAGCGGCUGCCCCGGCCCGGGCCGGCAUCGCCAGCGCCCCUCGGUUCCCGGCCACAGGCGUCAGGAUGUCCGAGAACCAGCCGAACGCCAACAACCACCACCCGGGCAACAACAACGGGGGCGGCGGGGCUGCCGGGGGCAACAACCGCGGCGUCCGGAACCCCAACCUCAACCAGAACCCCUUGAUCAAUGUGCGCGAUCGCCUCUUCCACGCGCUCUUUUUCAAGAUGGCAGUGACCUACGCUCGCCUCUUCCCGCCCUCCUUCCGCCGUGUCUUCGAGUUCUUUGUCCUCCUCAAGGCUCUCUUUGUGCUCUUUAUCCUGGCUUACAUUCACAUCGCCUUCUCCCGCUCGCCCAUUAACUGCCUGGAGCACGUGCGAGAUAAAUGGCCACGCGAUGGCAUCUUGCGGGUGGAAAUACAGCGCAACUCGAGCCGAGCCCCCAUCUUCCUGCAGUUCUGUGGUGUUGAGAAGUUCCCAGGAGUGGUGGUUGAAUCCACAACUGAGGAAGAGGAGGAGGAAGAGGAGGAAAUGACUGUGGAUAUGUUUGAAAACAGCUCUAUCAAGUUUGAGCUGGAUAUUGAGCCCAAGGUGUUCCUCAAGCCAUCCCGGGUGAGCAGUACUGAAGCACUGUCCCACAACGAAAGCCAGGAGUUCUCGUUUAGUGAAGCAGCCGCUAAAGGUAUGCAGCCUCUGAGGGAGACUGUGUCCGAGUUUGAGAUGCUAGCCAGAGCAGUGUGGCCGCAGGAAGAGUACAUUGUGGAGUACUCGCUGGAGUACGGGUUCUUGCGCCUGUCCCAGAGCACUCGGCAGCGCCUCAGCAUCCCGGUCAUGGUGGUGACUUUGGAUCCUACCAGGGAUCAGUGCUUUGGGGACAGGUUCAGUCGCCUACUGCUGGAUGAGUUCCUGGGUUACGACGACAUCCUGAUGUCAAGUGUCAAAGCUCUAGCUGAAAAUGAAGAAAACAAAGGUUUCCUUCGCAAUGUGGUGUCUGGGGAGCACUAUCGCUUUGUCAGCAUGUGGAUGGCUAGGACUUCUUAUCUGGCAGCCUUUGUCAUCAUGGUCAUAUUUACUCUGUCCGUUUCGAUGCUGUUGCGCUACUCGCACCAUCAGAUCUUUGUCUUCAUUGUUGACCUGUUACAGAUGCUGGAAAUGAACAUGACAAUUGCGUUCCCUGCAGCUCCCCUCCUCACUGUCAUUCUGGCUCUAGUAGGCAUGGAGGCCAUCAUGUCAGAGUUCUUCAAUGACACCACAACCGCGUUUUACAUCAUCCUUAUCGUGUGGCUGGCUGACCAGUACGACGCUAUCUGUUGCCACACCAAUACGAGCAAGAGGCACUGGCUCAGGUUCUUCUACCUGUACCACUUUGCCUUCUAUGCUUACCACUAUCGAUUCAACGGGCAGUACAGCAGCCUGGCACUUGUCACCUCGUGGCUCUUCAUCCAGCAUUCGAUGAUUUACUUCUUCCACCACUAUGAGCUGCCCGCCAUUCUCCAGCAGAUCAGGAUCCAGGAGAUGCUGCUGCAGAACCAGCAGGUGGGCCAGGGCACGCAGACGACGCUCCAAGACAACCUCAACAACAACACUACAGCCGCCCCCGUUGACGUGGGGGGCCACCGGCCCCCCCUGGCCGCUGGCCCCUCGGCCGAGAGCGCCAACCCGGCUGCCCUGACGCCCAGCGAGGCCUCCAGCGUCAUCGCUGCCACGGCAGCUUCUGUCGGGAGCGAUCUGAACUGGGUAGCCGAGACGGCCGCCAUCGUUACAGAAGCCUCGUUCCUCUCCGACCUGAGCACUACCCUCCUGGAGCCCAACGUGGUGCGCGAAGCCGUGGCCAACGCCAGCCCUCAGGAUGCCGCCGCCUCCGGUUUGGUUGCCCGCAUCAGGGUCAGCAGCGACCACCCAGAGACGGCCGUGGGCUCCAUCACCAUCGAAGUCACUUCCACGUCCGUGGUGGCCGCAGGCGACGUUCCCCCCGCCGCAGAGGCGGCCCCAGCUGCGCCCCUCGUCCCGCUGCAGGAGGAGGGGGCCGCCGUCCCCAGCCCGGCCCUUCCCGAGCAGACUGAGGCUGGCGAGGGCUCGGACAGCCGAGCAAAACCCAGUGGUAAGAACUGCGCUGUGGCCAGCAGCGUGGCAGAGACCCCUCCAGCCUUUGUGGGGGACACUGAGCAGGACGGACGUUUGGAGCGUUCUCUCGGGGACCGAGGGGAGAGCAGCCCCUGCCCAGCACCAGCGGAUAGUACACCUAGCUCCAAACCUUGCUCGGAGCCAGACUUGAGGAGCCUGUCUUGAGCCCCCGUUGCUGUAAUUCUGGACUGCCGGGAAGGCAUUUGGAUUUCGUUUGUUACUAUUUCUCACUUCACCAUCAUCCUUAACCCACAAAUUCCUCUUCGCGGAGGCGGAGUGGCUGGGGUGGAGGGAAGGUGCUGCGGUGAACUUCCCCCGGCGCGCGGGGGGCUGCCGGGGGGGAGGGACGGGGCGCUCGCUCUCGGGGGCCUCGUGCAGUCGUGCCCGAGCCCCGCAGUCGGCUCCAUGCCCCCCGCUUUUCCUUGCCCCCCACCUGCCCCAGCUUUGCCCCCUGCGCUCCUCUUCGCAGUCCAGGUGCUGAUCACAAAUGUGAGCUGAUUUGGGACGGGCCGUGUGUGUGUUUGUGGCAGCUUUCUGGUUAAAAGAGCAGCUGUGUCUGAACAGGGAGAGUGUUUUCAGAUUUCAGCCCCCUUGGGAGAGCUGCAGGAAGUAGAGGAGAAACCUGGUAAGCUUUCCUUCUCUGUAAGGGGAAGAGGAGCUUAAGAGCUUCCCCAGACACUAGAUUUGCUCGCACCAGGGCAAAGCUGGGCAAUAACCAAAGCAGAAGCUGCAGUUCAGCCCCAUGUUUUCUGUCCUUGAACUUCCCUCAGUCACUGGUUUUGGGGGGUAGAACCCACCGUGUCCAGGUUGGAGCUUCUGUCCCAGGAGAGAAGCACUGGGCUAAGCUCGGAAGCAGCGGGGGCAGCUCCCAGGCUGGAGAAGUGCUGUCCCUUCUGCUGCUGGUGACCUCGGCGGGGGCUGUGGGAAUUUGGCCACUCUCGGAUGUCUGUGGCCAGUGUGAAAUGGGAGCUCCUGGCCCGCGGUCUCAAGCAAUACCUGCUGGGAGCGGCUCCGUGGCGCCGGCGGCUGGGGUGAGGGCGGCAGCUCUGGCUCUGCCAGCUCUGGGCACCUGCCGCUGGGGGUGAUGUAGUUUUGCUUUCAGUGCCUUGUCCCUUCGAUGGGACACGUUUGCAUUUAAGAUCAGCCCCAGCCCAGAGGAGAGAGAUCGGCUUUUCACUGAACUGUUGCAUGAGAUGGUUUAGCAAAGAACCAAAAUGCUAAAGCCAAGACAUUUCAGCUACUUUUCCCUCAUUUCCCUGGCAGUGGAGGUGAAGCUGGCCUGGCUGAUGUACUGAGGGGCUGCGAUGGGGACAGGCUGGACCCUCACAAGGACAUGGCUGGGAGGAGUUUACACGCGUAGAUAGAGAGGAGCGACGCAGGAGCACGUCGUGUGUAGGGCUGAGAGGAGGGAGAAGCUUGGGGAGAAACGUGGCGGAAAAGGGCAGCGCUGGGAGGUGACGUGUGGGGUGCUCUGCUUCUCGGGGGGGGAGCUGGGGUGCUGUAGAAGUGUCCCCCAGUUCAGCCUUGUCCCCCACAGCUGAGUCAGUGGAGUCCAUCUCCCUGGGGGCUCUUGUGUGCGUUGGGGUGUCUUCCUCCAGGAAGGGGUCUCCAUGUCGGCACCACGGGGGCUCGGAGCUGCCCGCUUCACUUUCUCUGCAUUUUCCACCCAGGUGUCACCCUUUUUUUUUUUUUUUUUUUUUUUUUUUUCCCUUUUUGUCUCAAGAAGCCCCCUGGGUGUUGCUCUGAGGUAGCGAGGAGCCUGCUCAUGGCCAGCACCUUGGACCCUUCUCCGGUCAACCUUCCCGGGAAGGAGCCGCGGUGGCCACCGGCUCCCGGUGCGGAUGUGCCAGGUCGAAGGAGCGAUCGCAGGCUUUUAAGAAGAGCGGGUGGGUGGGAGGGGA